CAUCUUCCUAACCUAACAAAAUUUCCUAACCAUAAAAACAAAGAUUAAUCUUUCCUUUAAAAGAAAUGUACAAAAAUAAAAACGAUGGCAAAGAAUGAGAACUUUUCUCACGGUUUGAUAAAACCGAUAAGCAACGAUGUUGUUCAUCAAAUAUGCUCGGGCCAGGUAAUUUUAACAUUAGCAGUCGCCGUGAAAGAAUUAGUGGAAAAUUCUAUAGAUGCUGGUGCUACAAUAAUUGAUAUAACUCUAAAGGAAUAUGGUUCCGAAAGUAUUGAAGUAUGUGAUAAUGGGGCAGGUGUUUUAGAGGACAAUUUUCAAGCUUUGACUUUAAAACAUUACACUUCAAAAAUUGAUAAGUUCUCAGACCUUCAGUUUUUAGAGACCCUAGGUUUUCGUGGUGAAGCACUUAGUUCACUAUGUGCUCUGGCUGAUUUAUCUAUACUAACAAAACAUUCUUCAACUGAACAGGCCAAAAGAAUCAAAUACAAUAAAGAAGGUCAAAUAGUUGAAGUAUCUUUAGCUGCAAGACAGAUUGGUACCUCUGUUAAAUUAGAGAAUUUGUUUUCAACAUUACCUGUCCGUAGAAAGGAAUUCAUGAAAAAUCUAAAAAGGGAAUUCAAUAAGAUGUCUCAAUUAUUAUAUGCUUACUGUUUGGUUUCCAAAGGUAUUAAGUUCACUUGUACCAAUAUUACUAACAACAAGAGAAAUGUUGUAGUAGCAACACAAGGCCAUCAUAAGGUUAGAGAAAAUAUCAUAAGUGUUUUUGGUGCAAAACAGAUCUCAUCAUUGAUAGAGAUUGAUUUGAUCCGACCAAAUCAAGAUAUAUUGAAUGAAUAUAGUAUCAAGUUAGGUGAUGACGAAGAAUUGCCAUUUGAGAUGGAAUUUCUUGUUUCAAGCGUCAUUCAUGGCAAUGGACGUAGUUCAACAGACAGACAAUUUUUUUAUGUUAAUUCACGUCCAGUAGAGCCAACUAAAAUUAUAAAAUUGGUCAAUCAAAUUUAUAAACAGUUCAAUUCAAAUCAGUAUCCCUUUGUAUAUCUCAAUAUAUUGGUGAAAAGUUCCAUUGUAGAUGUCAAUGUAACACCAGAUAAGAGACAAAUUUUCUUGGAAAAAGAAAAAUUAUUUUUGGCUUCUUUAAAAGCAUCAUUGUUGGAAUCGUUCAAAUUAUUCCCAUCACAAGUACCUUUGGAAAAUCAAGACAUUUCUAAGCUACUGUCUUUGAAUAAUUCUAAUUGUGAAGGAAAAAGAAUGAAACGCAGUUUAACAGACUCUCCAGAAACAAAUAAAGACUUUUUGAAUAGCUUCAGGAAAAAGCACAAAAGUGAUGGUGAAAUAUUUUCAUUUAAAAAUAGCUCAUUUUCCACUUCUCAAUUAAAACUUGAAGAAGAGAAAAAAGAUUCAUUAACAAAGAUUUCCUCUAAGUCAGAGUUUGAAAGAAAUAUAUCAGAUUUAUCUUCGGAAGCAUCAUUACCAUCUACUUCUGAUUUGAAAUCAUGUGAAUUUAUCAAAGAAAGGAGAAUGAAGGAGAAUAUAGUAAAUUAUGAGUUCAAGGAAUAUGAGAGGGAUAGAAGUGAAAACAAAACUGAUACUGUAAAUAAAAACUUGAAUGGAAACCUAAGAUCUGAGAAAAAUUCAGAAAUCACUGGAACAAAAGAAGAUAUAGAAUCUUUUUCAUCUGAAGAGAAUACAAUACACGCAAAAAAAAAGGAAAUCAAAGAUAAUGAAAUUGUGAAUAUUAUUCUAGAUACCCCAGUGAAAAGUACCAAAAAUAGGAAAACUGUUCCGUGUGAUGUAACUUUGCAAUGUAUUCGCAAAUCAAUAAUAAAGAGGCAAAAUGCAGAAUCAAAAUCAAAUGAUGUGAAAAUAAAAUUUAGAUCAACCAUUGCACCAGAAAAUAAUAAAAAAGCAGAGGAAGAACUUCAGAAGCAAUUAUCGAAACAUGAUUUUUGCAAUAUGGAAGUCAUAGGUCAGUUUAAUUUAGGUUUUAUCAUAACAAGACUGGGCAAUGAUUUGUUCAUCAUAGAUCAACAUGCAACAGAUGAAAAAUAUAAUUUUGAACAAUUACAGUCUUUUACAGUGUUACAAAAACAAGUAUUAGUAAAUUCAAAAUCGUUGGAACUUACGGCUGGAAAUGAAAGCAUACUUAUAGAAAAUGAAGAAAUUUUUAGGAAAAAUGGAUUUCAUUUCAAGAUCGAUGAAAAUGCCCCUAUGACAAAAAAAGUAUUAUUGACUGCUGUACCUGUGAGCCAAAACUAUGUCUUUGGUAAAGAUGAUAUAGAUGAAAUGUUAUUUAUGCUGAAGGAUUCCAGUCACACUAUGUGUAGACCAUCAAGAGUGCGGGCUAUGUUUGCGUCUAGAGCAUGUAGAAAAUCAGUCAUGAUUGGCAAAUCAUUAUCAAAAAAAGAUAUGAAAACGCUGGUUGAGCAUAUGGGAGAAAUAGAUCAACCAUGGAAUUGUCCCCAUGGUCGCCCAACAAUACGACACCUCAUCAACAUGGAUCUCAUUAAUAAUGAUGAAAUUUGAAAUAUUUUUGGAAAUAUGUUCAUCAUUACAAAUGAAUUUUUUACACUUUUUUUUAUCUUGUACAAUAUACUUUUGUAGAAUAAAUUUAUUCAGGAUAA